UGAUCAGAAAAAAAACAACAAACCCCGAGUCAUUGACGAAGAAAGCCUUUCGGAAAACUUGGAAUAUGAAAAGGAAAUUCACAGUUUGUGUGCCAAAUAAUAAGGAAACUUUUGGAAUUGGAAAAUCGAGUGUGUCAUUAGUGGAUGUCACGUGACCGAGCAUGAUGGAGGUCCCGUGGGUUGCCAAAAGGUCACUGAGAGGUCAGGUCAUGCCUCUUCUGUUGCUUCUGUUGCAUCUGCACUGCUCUGCCUUGCCGCUCACAGCGAGCGAAGACUACGAUGUCCCAGACUAUAGUGACGACCAGGACUACGUCAGUGCAGACUACAUGCCAGGUGUCAGUGGCAUUAUCCGGCGAGAGAACUUGAAAAAUGUUACGAGCUGCCUCAACGGAGACAAGACGGAGGAGAGCCCGUGCAGCUGCCACCCGUGCUGGGAAGGGGAAUUCUGUCACGUGUACGAGGACCAUUACUCGCCUCGGUUCCUCGUCCACGCUGCUACUGCCGUCGUGCCCGAGAACAUCACAGGUAAGAGUUCUAAGUCUCCUACACAACACAAAGACACAAUGCAGUCUUGA